AUGUCUGACGAGGGGGAAGAAAGCGACAGCGGCGAGAGAGCCCGUCUCUCGGAGUCUCCCUCCCCGCCUCUGUCUGACUGUCAUCCCGAAGGAUCCACUUCCUCUCCGCGGCCCCUGGACCUCUUCUCUUCCGCCUCUCCGUUACUGGGGGAUAUAGACCCACCUUACCUGGCUUCUCCGGAGUGCCUUCACCCGUCUCCAGAAAAUCAGGAGCAAGGGGACUCCCCACACUCCACAACACCAAAGUUACGCCAGCGCACCGGGGACACCGGUUCUCCGUUUCGCUCGUGGCAGGAUGUGCGUCUAGAUGUGGUGUACGACCGCCACGAUUACCCGUUUUCUAAAUGGAGAGGACGAGGCGCAGGUAGUGCUGAGCGUUUUCAGCACCGCGGACAGAGAGUCCCCCGGGCUCCGGAGCUCUCUGACUCGGGAAACCACUACUCUGUUGAGCCCACAGACACCGAGAUCAACUCAGAAUCCCUGCAAGCGGUGGAGGCCAUGCAUCGCCGGCACACUACAUUGAGGGAGAAGGGGCGUCGCCAGGCAGUGAGAGGCCCAGCCUACAUGUUCAAUGAACGUGGCUCUCCCCUCACUGCAGAGGAGGAGCGUUUUCUGGAUGCUGCUGAAUACGGAAACAUUCCUGUGGUCCGGAAAAUGCUGGAAGAGUCUAAAACCCUCAACUUCAAUUGUGUGGACUACAUGGGCCAGAAUGCAUUGCAGCUGGCAGUGGGUAAUGAGCACCUAGAAGUGACUGAGCUGCUGUUAAAGAAAGAAGGAUUAGCGAGGAUUGGAGAUGGCCUUCUUUUGGCUAUUUCCAAGGGUUAUGUUCGCAUCGUAGAAGCCAUUCUCGGCCAUCCUGCUUUUGGCGGGGGUCUCCGGCUGGCUUUGAGCUCUCUGGAGCAGGAGAUGCGUGAUGAUGUCUUCUUUGCUUAUGAUGAGGAUGGAACACGUUUCUCGCAUGACGUCACACCCAUCAUCCUGGCUGCUCACUGCAUGGAGUUCGAAAUUGUCCACAUCCUAUUGUCCAAGGGAGCCCGCAUUGAAAGGCCGCAUGACUACUUUUGUAAGUGUUCAGAGUGCCUGGAUAAACAGAAGAAAGACUCCUUCAGUCACUCACGCUCCAGGAUGAAUGCAUAUAAGGGCCUGGCUAGUGCAGCUUACUUGUCGCUCAGCAGUGAAGAUCCUGUACUGACUGCCCUGGAGCUCAGCAACGAACUGGCAAGACUGGCCAACAUCGAGACAGAAUUUAAGAAUGACUACCGUAAGCUGUCCAUGCAGUGUAAGGACUUUGUGGUGGGUGUGUUGGACCUUUGUCGGGACACAGAGGAAGUAGAGGCCAUACUGAAUGGUGACGUUGAUCAGUGUCCUCCAAGCCCCUACAACCGACCCUGCCUCAGCCGUGUCAUACUGGCCAUCAAGUAUGAAGUCAAGAAGUUUGUUGCCCAUCCCAACUGUCAGCAGCAGCUGAUGACUAUCUGGUAUGAGAACCUUCCUGGUCUGAGGCAGCAAUCCGUCGGGGUGAAGUGCUGGACAGUGCUGGGUGUCACUGUCGGACUGCCCUUCUUGGCUAUUGCCUACUGGAUCAUGCCGUGUAGUAAACUUGGUCAGAUCCUGCGAAGCCCUUUCAUGAAGUUUGUGGCUCACGCUGUCUCCUUCACCAUCUUCCUGGGUCUGCUGGUUGUCAAUGCCUCCGACCGUUUUGAGGGCGUCAAGAACCUGCCAAAUGAGACCAUCACAGACCACCCGCGACAGGUGUUCAGGGUCAAGACCACCCAGUUCUCCUGGACAGAGAUGUUGAUCAUGAAAUGGGUGCUGGGAAUGAUAUGGUCUGAAUGUAAGGAGAUCUGGAGCGAUGGGCCCAGAGAGUACAUCAUGCACCUCUGGAAUGUUCUUGACUUCGGCAUGCUGUCCAUCUUUGCGGCAUCCUUCACAGCACGCUUCAUGGCAUUCCUCAAGGCUUCCAAAGCACAGCAGUAUGUGGACAUGCACGUACCAGAUGAGGACCUCAGCAGUGCCUCGCUGCCUGAUGAAGUAGCCUACUUCACAUACGCCAGGAACAAGUGGCGCCCGUCAGACCCCCAGAUCAUCUCAGAGGGGCUGUACGCCAUCGCAGUGGUGCUGAGUUUCUCACGCAUCGCCUACAUCCUUCCAGCCAACGAGAGCUUCGGCCCACUGCAGAUCUCGCUUGGACGCACAGUCAAAGAUAUCUUCAAGUUCAUGGUCAUCUUCAUCAUGGUGUUUGUGGCCUUCAUGAUUGGGAUGUUCAACCUGUACUCUUACUACCUGGGAGCCAAGUACAAUCCAGCCUUCACCACUGUGGAGGAGAGUUUCAAGACACUUUUCUGGUCGAUAUUUGGGCUGUCUGAAGUGAUCUCAGUGGUGCUGAAGUAUGACCAUAAGUUCAUAGAGAACAUUGGCUACGUGCUGUAUGGGGUCUACAAUGUCACCAUGGUGGUCGUCCUUCUCAACAUGCUCAUUGCCAUGAUCAACAGCUCAUACCAGGAGAUAGAGGAGGAUGCCGAUGUGGAGUGGAAGUUUGCUCGAGCUAAGUUGUGGCUUUCUUACUUUGAUGAGGGCCGUACCUUGCCUGCCCCCUUCAACCUAGUUCCCAGCCCAAAGUCUUUCUACUACCUGGUCCUCCGCAUCAAGUCCUGCCUGAUACGUCUGUGCAAGGCCAACAGCCGUCGCCACAACAACGAGCUGGAGUUGGGCAUGCUCAACUUACAGGGCAAGGAUGAACGCUUUAGGUCUUAUCCACGACCAGGAGAAGAGUUCAUGCCCAGAAAAUCUAGGAAACACCCGACCAGAUACCAGAAGAUCAUGAAGCGCCUGAUUAAGCGGUAUGUGCUAAAGGCCCAAGUGGAUAGAGAAAACGAUGAAGUCAAUGAAGGCGAGCUGAAGGAGAUCAAGCAAGACAUUUCCAGCCUUCGUUAUGAGCUCUUGGAGGAGAAAUCCCAGGCUGCCGGUGAGCUGGCUCUGCUCAUCCAGCAACUUAGCGACAAGUUUGGCAAGAACACCAUCAGACAUUGA